AAAUAAUUUGAUCAAUGCUGCCGUGGAAUGUGAUAAUACGAGUUUUAACCCCCAUAGCAACAACCAUUGCGGGGCGAAUGCUUACUAAUCCGGACACAGUUAACAAAAUAGCCAACUCUGGUGCUAUGAGGCAGAUUGCUAGAAGCGCUGCUAGGAUGAAAGUUAAAGCUGAGAAUGCCAUAGAAACUCAACCAGAACUUCAGAAGUUAGCCAAGGAGUUUGGAAAGGAUUUCAAAUCUGGCAAGAGGUGAUGAUCAGUCAAGGUCUUGUUAGCCACCUUGUGACUGGCUACGUGCCUGCCUUGUGAUGAUGUGAAACAACAACACCCCUGAUGUUUCAACCCUAAAGGCUGCAAACCCUCAAUAAAAGUGGUUACCCUCAGUUCCCAUUCAGUUUCAGACAGUGGCGCUCUCACUAAAACAGUUUAGUUCUCUAAUACACCCUCUACAAGUAAAGACAAUGAGAAUUAUUACGAAUUCUAUCCCCGUGACAACGUGGAGUUUCAUAAGCAUGCUAUGCUCUGAAAUGUUUCCAUUUAAAUGUACAUUGUAUAGUUACAAAGCAAUCCCCCAUAUGGUAUUGGUAGUGUGGGAAGUAUACAGCUCAUUUAGUACUGAAAAGAGUUGUGUAUAAUUUGAUUAUUCAUAACAUGUGAUUGGCGUAUCGGCCUCGUGGCCUAAUGGCUAAGGCGUCUGACUUCGAAUCAGAAGAUUGGGGGUUCGAGUCCCUUCGGGGUCGAUUACUUUUUGCGCUCGGAUAGCUCUGCCUGUGCUCCAUAUUUUAUUACCAAUUGGAACAAAAUGCUAAUUAGCAAAAUUCGAUGACCACUAAUUAUAGCAGAUAAUGUUACUUCCGGUUUUGGAAGUUUACACGGGUACUCCUAAGAUUAGUCUAGAAUGUUCUAGAAUGUUCUACUCAGGCAUUUAUGUGUUGCUCACUGCUCAGGGUUAAUGAAUAAGAGGUAGACUCUAACACUGCUAAUUGUCACAUCCGUUUAUGAUGUUAAUUUAUUUUGAAUAUGAAGGAGAUUUGUAUUAAGUUAUUACAGUAAAUGAUGGAUUUUUAUUAUUUUGGAAAUUUUGUUUGACUAUAAUUACAUCCGGUCCCUCAAUUGUCCGUCAUAUUGAAAUUGAUCGUGAUUCAUGUUUCACGAAUGCUCCUCAUUUUGGAAUUAGUUGUAAAGAAUCAGUUUAUUGUUUUCACAAGUUCAAAAAGUAAUUUUGUUCAGGAAAUGUCCCUCAGGAAUAUGACAUCCGGAUUUUAAUUAAGACUAGCACUUUCUUCGUGGUAAUAUCUCGACAGAUUGAUAAUUGUAUCAACUAGUAGAUCUGUAAGACAAAGAUCUCUGUGAUAUCUAUCACUCAACAAGGAAUCAAAUAUUAUUCUCGAAGUUUCUGUUCAGUAUUUGUGUCAAAUAUGGCUCCAUUAGGCGGCAUACUAAGAUUUCUAACGAUGAUCGUCACUCCCGUUUUGGGGAGAUUUGUCAACGAUCCUAACAUUGUAAACAAGAUGUCAAACUCGACUCCUAUGAGAAUAGCUGCUAGACUAGCUGUUAGACUGAAAAUAAAGUACGAGGAUAUGGCGGAGGAGAAAAAGAAAGUUGGUAAGAAGGAUGAAAAUGGGAAACAGCAGGAUCAGACUGAUAAUAGCUCGACUAAAGAAAAGAUUAGUCGUGUCCGGAGUCGGACUCAUUAUGAGCAGACGGUGGAAAAGCUGAAGUUCAAACGCAAAAGGUGAAUUGUGAGACGGUCGCAUCUUCAAGUUCCCUUCUGGCUCUAUCAUUCUUAAUUUUUUUUAACCCGAUGUCGAAGCGGAGGAAUUUAAAGAAGCCGAGCUAUGUUAUAUCAGACAGCGAGGAUGAUGAAGAUUUCGUGCUUCCAGCUGCUAAACGAACAAAGUCUUCUCAGGACAAGACCCGGAAUAUUAGAAGUAACGUGGGAGAUAGAGCGCUGGAAAGGGAGGUGGAGAGAGCGAAACAGUUGUCAUUGAAUGAAAACAAGGCGGGGGGAGAUAAGACGUGCACGGCCACAGGGUCAAACAAGGAAAAUUCCAACAAGAGGAAGUCGAAACAAUCAAACUCUGGUGGUGCGGUGAUAAAGAGACAGUCCAAAGCUAUUAUUAUUAGUUCUCAGAGUGGUUCAGAUGCUUCUCAACCUACCCCCAACAUUAACGCUAUAAAGAAGGUAUCCCCACGAAAGGGGUCGCGAAAUGAGGGAAAAACCAAAGUAGCUGCCGUAAAACCUUUAGGAUCUGAUAGCGACGAAGAGUUUAGCAUAGCUACUCCAGAAUCUAGUGAACCAUCCUCUUCAGAGUCAGAUUUCAAAAUUUCUCAGAUCUCAGAGGAAGAGAAAGAGGAGAGGACCUCUGACGAAGAGUUCAAACUCAGUUCAGAAGAUGAGUUUACUCCGACAAAGGAGAAAGUGAAACCUAGGGUGAAACAGAACGCGAAGUCAGCACCCAAAACUCCUGUCAAUGCGAAUAAACAAUCUGCACCUGCUAUAACUGCGAGUGCUAUUAAUACCCCUACAGUGACCAGUAUAUCUUCAAGUUCAAAACCUGGGGAACCGUCCUGAAAAACCAAAAGUGGCCGCCAAUUUAACUUCUAGUUCUAGUUCUAGUUCUAGUUCUAGGACGCCUCAACCAUCCCACAGGCAGAGAAAAACAUUAACAUCAACAAACUCAAGUGGGGCUAAAACUGUGAAUAUUCCUGCUCUUCUGAGUAGCAGCCAGUCCCCUAGUGCUGCCCAGAGUCCUUUGGGGGUGAAAAUAGGACUGUCUAAAAACGCCAAGUUCAAAUCCCUUCAUGCGAAUAUCAAAAGGCAGUGAAUUCUGGCUGAACUAGAGCACUUAUUCUGGAAUAUUUGCUGUUUUUGAAUUUUCUAAGUUAAUAGUUGUUAUGAAUGCCGAAUUAUAAACAUCUUUAUGCCAAAGUUUUAUUAUGGAUGACUUUCAUUUUGUAGUUUGACACUGCUUUAAGUUUAAUUUAACAUUAUUUUACGUAAUCAUGUAACGCUUUAUAAAACUGUUGAUUAUAUAAUGCUGUACACCGAUUAUAUUACUGUUAGUUAACCA